AUGCCUGCUCACUUCCCCCUGGAUCAGUAUAAAGCUGGAGGCGGGCACCCUAGCGCCGUGCGCAGCGGCAUCCAGGAAGAGAUCGACGAGUCUUUGUACAGUCACAUUGCCAGGCUCUUCAACAGAUAUGCCAACGCAAACGACAUGUGGUCGAAAGACCAGUUGGGAAUCUUCAUGGAGCACACCCAACAUGAAGACCCCAACGGCAUCUCCUCGCACCUGACCGACAAGGCAGGCAUGAGCAUCCGCGACCUGCUGGACUACAUCGCCUCACCCAGCGGCAACGCGCUCGAGAUGGCUGCGCCUCAGGACCUGAGCCUCCCCCUGAGCGACUACUUCAUCUCGUCCAGCCACAACACGUACCUGACGGGCAACCAACUGUCGAGCGACUCGAGCGUCGACGCCUACAAGGACGUGCUCCUCCGCGGGUGCCGCUGCAUCGAGAUCGACGUCUGGGACGGCGAGGAGCGCUUCCUGGCCGGGUACUCGCAGGACGACGCCGAGAACGAGAGGUACCACGCGUCCAAGGAGGCGGGCGCGGCGGACAGCAAGCCAGGCCCCACGUACAAGGUGAGCCUCAAGGACAAGAUGGUGAUCAAGGCCGCACGCUGGGUGAUGAACAAGUUUGAUCCGGUCGACCCUGAAGGCCGCACCGUGGACGACCGCAUCGCCGACAUGAUGCGCGGCGAGCCCCGGGUCCUGCACGGCUUCACCCUGACCAAGGAGGUCCUGUUCCGCGACGUGUGCAGGGUCGUCAGGGACUACGCCUUUGCCGUCUCGGACCUGCCGCUCAUCGUCAGCCUCGAGGUCCACUGCUCUCCGCUGCAGCAGAACGCAAUGUGCGACAUCAUGGAGGAGGCCUGGGAAGAGUUCCUCCUGCCGACGCCAGAGGAGGACCCCACCGCGCUCCCGUCGCCCGCCGACCUGCGCAAGAGGAUCCUCAUCAAGGUCAAGCACGUCCCCGAGCACAAAAAGGACGACAGCAGCAGUAGCAGCACAACAACAACAACAUCAACAACAACAUCCGGCACGGGCAAAGACCAAGGCGAAGACGACGACAGCAUCCUCGACGUGGUCGACCAAAAGGACGGCAGCAGAGAGGCCCAGCGGGUCAAGGCGCCCAAGAUCACGCCCAGGUUGAGCAGGAUGGGCGUCUACACGCGCGGCGUCAGCUUCAAGUCGCUCGCGCAGCCCGAGGCCGCCAUGGCGAACCACAUCUUUUCGCUGUCGGAGAAGGCGGCCUUUGACACGCAGCGGCGCGAGCCGGCCGCCUUCUUCGAGCACAACAGGAGCUACAUGAUGCGGCUGUACCCGCACGGCAUGCGCUUCGACUCGUCCAACUUCGACCCCGUCCUCUUCUGGCGCGCCGGUGCCCAGCUGGUCGCGCUCAACUGGCAGUCGUGGGACGCCGGCAUGAUGCUCAACGAGGGCAUGUUCGCCGGCUCGGACGGCUACGUAGUCAAGCCCGAGGGGUACCGCAGCGGCGACGCCGGGGGCCGCGCCCUGCGGAGCAGGAAUCUGGACCGGGUCGCCGUCACCGUGCUGGCGGGGCAGAACCUGCCGCUGCUCAACGGGAAAGACGACGCCUCGUCCUUCAUCCCCUACGUCAAGGUAGGGUUGCACACGGAGCCGGACCCUCUGACUGCCUUGGUUGGCGAAGAGACGACGCCGCUGGACGUCAGGCAGGUUGGGUACAGCGGCACCACGAUCAAGGGCGCGGGUACGAGCCCGGAUUUCGGCGGCGACAUCAUUGAGUUCCUAAACGUCGAGGGCGUGGAGCCCGAGCUGACUUUUCUUUCGUUCGUCGUCAUGAACGACGUCGUGGGACCCGAUGUCGUUGCCGCCUGGGCUUGUAUUCGCCUGGACAGGCUGCGUGCAGGAUACCGUUUCGUUCGUCUGUUUGGCAAGGACGGCAUGCCCUCUAAAGGAAUUCUUUUGGUCAAGACUGAGAUAAAUGAGGCGGUCUCGGAUAGGUAG